CACACACACUCGGAACGCGACCACACGGAUCCUGGCUGCCGCUUCCGGUUCUGCUCUUUCUCCCCGAGAAAAGGAAACGGCCUCGCAGCGGUAAUGACAACACCACGAACCGGAACAGCGAGUCGGGACGCGCGGCUCGGUUCUCCGUAGAUACCAACCCUCGUUGUAACCGUUUGAAAGUCGGUGCGCGUCGCCGGCAGCAGCAGCGACAGAGAGCGGAGCAGGCCGAGCGGAGCAGUGUGUGUGUCAGUGGAGUCAAAAUGGCGUCUGUUUGCCCACUCAACGCUCCUUUAAUCUGCCUGUGAUUCUCCUGAUAGUCGGUGAUUCGGCGACGGGGGACUGGUUCUGUUUGGGUCCGCUUUUAUAUUCACCGGAGCAGUCGGGGGCAGAUUUCAGCGUCAUGUCGGACUCGGAGGAGGACAGUCAGGACAGGCAGCUGAAGUUUGUGGUGAUAGGAGACGGUGCUUGUGGGAAGACAUCACUCGCCACCAGGUUUGCACAGGAGGCCUUCGGGAAGCAAUACAAACAAACCAUCGGCCUUGAUUUCUUUCUGAAGAGAAUAAGCCUUCCAGGCAAUCUGAAUGUGACCCUGCAGGUGUGGGACAUUGGAGGCCAAUCGUUAGGAGGGAAAAUGCUGGAUAAAUACGUAUAUGGAGCUCAUGGAGUUCUCCUGGUGUACGACAUUACCAACUACCAGAGCUUUGAGAAUCUGGAGGAUUGGUUCAACAUGAUGAAGAAGGCCAAUGAGGAAUCUGAUAUCCAGCCUGUUGUCUCCUUAGUGGGGAACAAAAUCGACCUGGAGCACAUGAGGACAGUGAAGGCUGACAAACACCAGCGCUUUUGCCAAGAGAAUAGCCUCAUCAGUCAGUUUGUAUCAGCCAAAACGGGGGACUCGGUAUAUCUUUGUUUCCAGAGGGUGGCUGCUGAGAUUCUUGGUGUAAAGCUAAACAAAGCAGAAAUAGAGCAGUCCCAGGUAAGACAUACGCUGCUUUGAUAAACACCGAACUCCAGAUAUUAUCCUGAAAUUAUUUGUAGUGACUGUUAAAGUUUUGAAGUAAAAUGUCCGAGGGAGCCCAUGUGAGAAUACAGC